GCUCGAUUUCCUAGUGUUUCCAUAUCCAUAUAUCCUAUAGUUUUAAUAAACCACUAGUUAGUAGUUACUACGUACUGUCUAGUCUAUCAAAAACUAAGAAAGAAAGAAAAGAUAUAUGUCGUCAGCAGAAGUGGAGUACCGGUGUUUUGUGGGUGGGCUUGCUUGGGCCACAACUGAUCAAUCCCUAGAACAAGCUUUCUCUCAAUAUGGAGAGGUUUUGGAAUCCAAGAUUAUUAAUGACCGGGAGACGGGAAGAUCGAGAGGAUUUGGAUUUGUUACAUUUAAAGAAGAACAAGCAAUGAGAGACGCUAUAGAAUCGAUGAACGGGUCAAGCCUAGACGGGCGUAACAUUACUGUUAAUGAGGCACAAUCACGUGGAAGUGGAGGUGGUGGUGGUGGUAGAGGUGGAUAUGGUGGUGGUGGUGGCGGUGGGGGUGGAUAUGGUAGACGUGAUGGUGGCGGUGGUGGUGGAUAUGGUAGACGUGACGGUGGAGGAUACGGCGGUGGUGGUCGUGAUAGUGGGUAUGGUGGUGGUGGUGGGGGAUAUUCAAGGGGAGGAGGUGCUCCGGAAGGUAAUUGGAGAAAUUGAAAGAGUGUGUGAGGUUUGGUGUGAUUUGGCUAUAUAGAUACAUGGCUUGUUUGAUGAUGUUAGUCGUUAAAGUCUUGUUUUUGACCGUGUGAAACAAUUGUGAUUCAAUUUAGAAUCAUAAGAUUGCUUGUUCUUUAUAAGUUUGUUAAUUAAAAUUAGCUAAAUAUGCUUUUUUCUUAA